UCCAAACCCAGACCCCAGCCCCACUCCAAACCCAGACCCCAGCCCCACUCCAAACCCAGACCCCAGCCCCGCUCCAGCCCCACAGGACCAGCUGAGGAGGGGACAGAGUCCCUGGAAAGCUCAGCUGCAUCCACAGAGACACAUCAGGGACAGUUUGGGGAAGACAGACAGUGCUGCAACACGGGCAGGAGUUGGCACCAUGGGGACCCCACCCCUGUCCCCGUGGGCAGUGCUGGUGCCCACCCUGGUGCUGGUGGGGCUCUGGGCUCCCUGUGUGGUGAGCAGGCAGCCCAACUUCAUCGUCAUCCUGGCCGAUGAUGUGGGCUGGGGGGAUCUGGGUGCCAACUGGGCAGAGACGAAGGAGACUCCGCAUUUGGAUCAGCUGGCUGCCGAAGGAACGAGGUUCGUGGAUUUCCACUCAGCUGCCUCCACGUGCUCCCCGUCCCGCGCCUCGCUGCUCACGGGGCGCCUGGGGGUGCGCAACGGGGUCACCCACAACUUCGCCAUCUCCUCUCUUGGGGGCCUCCCCCUCAAUGAGACCACCCUGGCCGAGGUCCUGAGGGAGGCUGGCUACAGCACAGGGGCUAUAGGCAAGUGGCACCUGGGACACCACGGCCGCCAUCACCCCAACUCCCGUGGCUUCGACUACUACUUUGGGAUCCCCUACAGCCACGACAUGGGCUGCACAGACACCCCUGGCUACAACCUACCGCCCUGCCCGCCCUGCCCGCGGCACAGCCCCGCUGCCAGCCAGGAGAUCAGCCAGGCUCCGUGCCUGCUCUGUGACAAGCCUGGGGUGCCUCUUCCCAGCAGGGUGGCAAGGAAGGACUGUUACACAGAGGUGGCCCUGCCUCUCUUGGAGAACAUCACCAUCGUCCAGCAGCCCGUGGAGCUCGGCAGCCUGGCCAGGCGCUACGCAGAGGAGGCAGAGCGGUUCAUCCAGAGGGCCAGUGACAAAGGACGUCCCUUCUUCCUCUACCUGGCCCUGGCCCAUAUGCACGUCCCGCUGGUCCCCCCGCUGCCCCCCGCUGCGGGCAGGGGCAUCUAUGGAGCCUCCCUGGCAGAGAUGGAUGCGCUGGUGGGACGGGUGAAGGAGCUGGCUGACAGCCUCGGGAGGGGCAGCACGUUGCUGUGGUUCACAGGUGACAAUGGCCCCUGGGCACAGAAGUGUGAUCUGGCAGGACGCCUAGGGCCAUUCGUGGGUGCCUGGCAGAGGCAGAGAGGUGGGAGCUCAGCGAAGCAAACAACCUGGGAAGGAGGGCACAGGGUGCCAGCCCUGGUGUACUGGCCUGGCCGUGUCCCUGCCAGGAGGACGAGCCAGGCUCUCCUCAGCAUCCUGGACAUCUUCCCCACGCUGGUGGCCCUGGCUGGGGCAGCACUGCCCCCAAACAGGCGCUUUGAUGGCUUGGAUGUGUCCCCAGUUCUCUUUGGCUGGUCGGAUGUGGGACACAAGGUUCUGCUGCACCCCAACAGCGGCGCAGCCGGGAAGGUGGGCGAGAUCGAGGCGCUGCGGCUGGCUCAGUACAAGGCCUUCUACACCACAGGAGGGGCCAUGGCCUGUGAUGGCAGCACUGGGCCGGCGCAGCGGCACCACCCACCCCUCAUUUUCAACCUGGACCGCGACAUCCAGGAGCAGGAGCCUCUGGAUGUGGCCUCCAGGGAGUACCAGGCAGUGCUGCCUGCCAUCAGCAGGGCUUAUGCCCAAGCCCUGCAGGACAUUGCAGCAGACAAUGUCUCAGUUGCAGAUUAUUCCCAGGAUCCAGCUGCAAUUCCCUGCUGCAACGUGCAGCACGUGGGCUGCCGGUGCCACGAGGACCACUGAGCCAGGCAGGAUCCCCACGUGGAAAGCAGAACACCCUGGCUUUGUCUUUAAGCAAAUAAUUGCUCAGGCUGCUCCUUUCUCAAGGGUGGUAUCUGUGGAUUGCAGGCUGGAGGUGGCCAUGGAGAGGGAUGGAGGCUGUGGUUCCCUUUGCUCCCUGCUGGGAAGAGGGAGGUGAGCUGGGUGUGGGUCUGGGGGAGCACACAGAGGGUCCCCUUUGGACCCUGGGCAUGUGGAGGGGUUUUUGUAGGGCUCUUUAUCUGGGAAACAGACAGCUCUUGGAUUAAAACUACCUUCUGUGA